CUGUUUAAUUUAUUACAAAUUUCCAAAUAUCUAUUUCACCGUUUACCACGGUAAUAUAAAACAUGAAUACUAUAAGACCUUGCGGAUGCAAAGGAGUACGCACCUGCUUGCAGUGUGAACAGGACUUUAACAUAGAGAAACCAAAUCCUAGGAAGGAAUAUCAAAAGCUUGAAGCCUGGUCUUGGUGCAUCAAAUGCAGGAGAUUAUAUCGUGGUUGGAAUACACAAACUAUACAAGCAGAACAUCCGCUACAUGGAGGAGAAAAUGCUUUAGAUUUGCCGGGGAUAUUGGUUGAAGAACGCUUCCUUUCCCCUGAAGAGGCUGAGAAAACAAUUGCCGAUUUAGAUUCCUUACCAUGGUGUAUAUCUCAAAGUGGACGUAGAAAACAAAAUUUCGGCCCAAAAACCAAUUUCAAAAAACGAAAAAUUCAGAAUGGUAAUUUUCAAGGAUUUCCCCAGACAACGCAAUACAUACAACAAAAGCUUGCUCAGAGAGAGGUAUUGAAAGAUUUCCAAACUAUAGAACAAUGCUCAUUGGAAUACGACCCCACCAAAGGCGCUUCCAUUGAUCCCCAUAUUGAUGAUUGCUGGAUAUGGGGGGAACGGGUGGUAACAGUCAAUUGCCUGGGCGAUGCUGUCUUGACAUUGUGUCUAUACCAAGAAGUAUUAGACCGAGACCUAAAUGAUAUUUGCAAAUAUAAUUUAGAUUUAGUGCCCACAUAUGAGAAACAUCUUUUGUCACCCUUGCUGGACAAAGAUGAAUUGACAAUAUUUCAGGGAAAAGUGAUAAGAAUACCUAUGCCUAACCUAUCUUUAAUUGUUUUAUAUGGUGCAGCUCGAUAUCAAUUUGAGCAUUCUGUUUUGCGCGAAGACAUUGACCAGAGAAGAGUUUGUGUGGCCUAUCGAGAAUUUACGCCAAUGUAUCUGGAAGGUGGAAAAUCAUACGAAAAAGGCUGCGAAGUCACCAAAAAUGCUUUAGAAUUUUGGUAAUGUAUAUAUAUUAUCUCAAAAUAAUAAAAAAAGUUUUAAACUAUAAUUAACACAAAACUA